AUGUAAUAAUUAGAGCAUAUAGUUCAAGAUAAUGAUUAUGUUAGUGGUUUCUGCUAAUAACAAUAGCUUUUAACAUAGACAAAUGGAUCAGUGCCUUCGACUGCUUCUUAGUAUCAUAAUAAGAAAGGUUCUUUUCAGAUACCUGACAACCUUAAAAAUCAAGUUAAGAUCCAAUUCGGAUCAGAUUCAAUCUAGUCAAGAGCAUCCUUUAUGCAGAGUUAUCAAUAGUAGUAAUCUAUGCAACCAAUUAAUGAGGUAUUCGAUAAUCUUCAUUCAAUAAAUGUUGGAAAUGUGGAUAAUAUGAUAAUAAUUGACAACUAAAUUUAGCAUCAUUAAUCUAUAUAGAAUCAGAAGAAGUUUAAAUUACUGAAGAGAGAUGCUGAAAACUUAAUAGAAAGGAUCGGUGAGCUUUAACGAGCUAAAAAUGCCUUGAAACGUAAGGAAAAAUAUGCAUAAUCUUAUAAAAAUCAAAGGAAAAUUCCUAAGCCUGAUUACACUACCAAAUAGGAUGUCACUCAAGGUACAAGCAAUAAGGAAACAAAAUAUGACAAUCAAGAUAUAAUCUAAGAAGAAAGCAGAGCAUUAAAUACCAGCUAAAAUGCUUAGAAUAGCAGUAAUAAUAAUAGCAAAUCAUUUAAGAAUUAAUAAAAUAAACUGAGUAUAAUAUUAUCUAAUAAGAAGCACGCUCUAAAGAAGAAAUAACUAGAACUUAUGAGAGAAAAAGAGUAAGUAGUAGAUGAAUUUUUAAAUUAUGUUCAACAAUCUCCGUAAUAAAAUCUAUACAAUUCGACUUAGUCAAUGAAUAUGUUCGAUCAAGAGAAAUUUAUUGAGAAAUUUCGAUCUCUAAUAAGUAAAGGGGAAAUAACUAAAAGCAGUGAGAGAAUAUUUAAGAUUUAGCAAGCUUACUCUGCUUCUUCUAAAAGUACAUAAGAAAAAUUUAAAAGCCCCAUUAAAGGUUCAAAACUUGCUAAGUCUAAAGAUAAAUAGUUUCAUAUCUAAUCAAAUGAACAAGCUUAAUUUAUCCUUAGUAAUGUUACUCCAACAUAUAAUUACAGCAAAUCUUAGAUGAAAAAUGAUAUAGACCAUUAAGUCAAAAGCGUAAAUAUUCAACAGGUUUUUACAGAUGAAAUAUCACCUUAAAAAAGUAAAUUAACCUUCUCAGGCUAGAUUCUGAAGCAAGUAUUGCAAAAUAAUCAGAUAACUAAAUAUAAGUUAACUCAAGCAAGUUUAAAAGCUUAAGGUCUUAUUAAGAAUCGGCCCAUGUCUAAACAAACUAUGUUUACUAAUUCAGGAGGUGAUCUAUUUUAGAAAGAAAUUGAUAAAAAUUAUUUGAAAAAUGAUAAGAUAGCCAAAAAACAGGUAAUUUUAAGGAACCUGCCAACAAAUUUAGAUCCUAAUUCUAAAUAAAACAACUUCUUAGAUUUUGGAUUGUGA